AUGCUGUUCCAUAUUGCACAGGUGUCUGGCAGACAGGACAAACCGAAAUUGCGUCGCUACACGACCAUGACAAACACAUCUUACCACACGAAGCAUGGACGCUCGGAUCUGCCGCGAGCCAGUGUGACCGAAUUAGGCAGCCGGCAACAAUGCCGGCGCUUGACAGAUGGCGGUGGUCUGGAGAAUCAUCGGACGAGUCAAAUGGUGGAAAGUAUUUCUGGGCUUUCCGGGAAACCUCAUUCUUGGUGUCAAGUACCAGAUUGGACGGUAGGUCGGAUGGGGCCGAAUAUAAGUCAGGUAGCGAUAGUCGAUUCUAUUUUUAGCGACCACCGAAUCCCUACUUCGGGAAAGUCCCACAUUUUCUGUACGUAUCCGUAG